UGCGUAUAUGACGCACUGUGCUCUGUUGUAGAGUGUGCGCACGCAUGGCAGCGGUGACAGCAUAAGUAAGGCGAAAGAUGACGUUGAACGGAACGAGACGCGAUAGUCAGCUAAAAGGUAUUGCUACCGAUGCUGGCGAGCCACCAAUAAAGGGCCACCGGCUGAAUCACGGGCUAAGCGAUCGUACUGUGUCGCAUUGAUUGAGAUGCUGUCGAUACGGGUAUGUGCGGCCUGGAGCGGUGCCUAUCCCAUCUUUCAUCGACUGGAUGCAACGAUGUGCGCCUUCGGUGUUGAUAUGCGCGUCCCUGUGUGAUGUUGGCGCUCGUGAGUGCUCCCUGAGGAAGAGUGCAAGCGCUAAGAGCCCGCUGUGGUUGUCAUGUACGCUAACCGUCGUAGAAUCGUUGCUCGUAAAAAGUAACAGUAUUAUCAGAGGCAUCAGCGACAUCUAGCGCUGGCUGGCGUAUCCAUCUUUGAUACGUUUCGUCUGAGGAUAGCCGACUUCCGUCCGCUUCUGUCUGUUAUGUGAUAGUUCGGAAGCUGACUCCUAUUCAAUAAUGUACAUGUAGGGUAUCCAUUUUUCGAUGAUAAACCGCGACACUCGGCCGACCCCGACCUGGUAACUCAUUGCUUGAGGAACCCUUUUUUAUACAUAGAUAAAAGAAUAGUAACAUACAUCAUAGACACGUUCGGGUCUGGGCUGAGUCCACCUUGCACUAAGUAGAAGAUAUUCAUACAACGAUUGAUUAGCGAAAGUGUCUUGGAAGUGCGCGUUAUGCAUCCUAUGCCUAAGCAACACGUCGAUAAUAUCUAGCGUAGUUGUCAUGGGUUUCAUGGUGACUAAUAAACUAAUUUUAAUUAGUAUUGUGCGGUUCUCAGAUACUGAUCGUCUGAGCUCUCGUUCGGAAAAUAUUUUGGGCUACACACAGUCCGAAUCACCUCCGUACGAUCUAGAAACAACAUAUAUGAGUCUAUGAACGGUUCAAUCGAGUGAGGAUGCAAAACUUACAGCUUCCAUCAGCCUCAGGAAUCGGAUGAUCAAAAAGCAAGUUCGAGUGAAUUCAAUGGGGUCUCGUAUGCGCACGCCUAGACAGACACACGGCCCCUGUGUUUUUUGUUUUUUCAACUGUUGUUAUUAGUAUCGUUGCUACUUUCCGACGUAAAUAUAUACAUAAGUACAUUUCAAUGUAUGUUUUGUACUUUGCGGACGAUGCGCGAUCCCACGUAGGCCGGCUUUGUGCUUUCUCAUAUAUUACUGCCACCUAACGAUAGGAAUCGUAAACGACCACAGUCAACUAUCGGAAAUGUUAAUCGCGAGCAAAAUACACUAAGAGUGAUUUACGCCUAUACAAGUUCUAAGCAAACGCUACCAUGACUUCUAUGUAGGAUACAAAAGGCCUACAUAAAGUUCGCCGAUAUGCUUCAAGUGAGAAUCACGCACGAGAAAGGGGAAUAAAACGCAGAGACUCGUACAUAACGGUAGAGGCAGCGACGCAGUACAUGGGUUCGAGUGUUUGUUUUGUUAGAGAUUAUGAGAAGUCUGUUUUAGGCGAGAAAGUUUAACGUAAAUCUUACGUGGUCAGCUUGUACACUAUGUGCCUGCGAUCGUCGAUACUUCAAAUGUUCACGCUUCACGCCUACCGUAAAGUGAUUCAGUGGUUGGAUCAAUAGGAAUUUUACAUAGUCAUCCGCGUUUUAGUACAUUCUCGAUCGCCGUUUGGGGUUAACCGCACGGGGCUAUCCAUAGGAGUUCGUGUUAUUUUAAUGCACAGUGCCCAUGAACGAGCCGUUCAACCGCCAUCGAACCCCUAAGUGUAUCAGAGGCUCCUUCUGUGCCGAAAUUACAUGUGUCAGAGCAUUUGGGGCAUCUGGAUUUUCUCGAAGGCACCAGCAGACAGAAUGUAAACUCUUCAGCUGCGGUUCGACUCUUUCGAGCCGAUAACCCGGAUAUCUUCCGAUGAGCCGCUCGUAAUGGGUUGCCUUCGAACCUUCGCAGAUAGGGAUACAUCUGUCGAGCAAUGAAAUAUCUGUCACGGAUUGAUUGUGCAGAGCCACAGAAACAGGACAACAGAUCAGCGAGGAUGUCGUUCAUUACCACGACUUCCCUGAACAGUCGAAGACGUCAGCAACCGCAUUUUCAACAGCAAACUUUUCGACGGGCAUCUGUCGCCUCUGAUCGCACAGCCUGUCCCACCCUAUUUGGAUUCUUCAAGACGAAACAAGAUUAUCCUGAACCAACAUCUCUUCAAAAUAGUAAUAAUAAUAGUAGCUAUGAAAUCGGCCAUGAAUGCGGCAUCUAUGGCAACGACGGCAGCUACCCCAACAACAAACUAUACGACCACCGAUGGCAUCGUUGCGCUAGCUCAAGUAUUAUUAACAGUAUGAUAAGUACUUACUACUUUAGCAAUAGUAACUCUUGUUCAGGCCAACAGGAUAGGCGCAAAGGUCCCUCACUACGACACAGGCAAAGUCCUCAUCUUUUAUCAAUUGCGUUCAUAACAAUCGCCGCUGCAGCGCUCAUGACGCCCUGUUCCGUUGCGUGGAACCUUCACUCUUCGCUAUCGAACGUAAGCGCUACGUAUCACGCAGCCCGACAUGAAUUUCACGUUUAUUUACUCCCUGAGGAGAUUCUCGACUACAUUCGCCUACCCAAAUUCAACUGCGACGUAGCUGAAGAACAGGCGUACAUCACCAAAUCAGGCGGUAAUGCUACGAUGACGAUAUUGCAAUGGAAUCAUCACGUUCCGGCAGAGGGUGACAUUUUGACGAUAGCUCUUGAUUGCUCGAAGCAAGACGACGUUACUAUUCCGAAAUUUUCAGCGGCAAGUAAUCAUUCUGAUAGGGGUCGUGCAGGAACGGCCACCACAAAGCGGAAACAAUAUCUAGAAGUCUUCAAGAAUUUGAACGAGUCGACGCCGCUGGAAUACGCCUCGGUGCUGCCAUUACCUUCAAACGCUAAGGCAAGACGACGUAGAAGUGCCAUAUCUACUGCUUCACUGUGGACAACUGUCUCCGCACAAGGGAAAGCUACCAAAGCAUCGACGACACCCUUGACGACGACGACGACGACGACGACGGCGACGACGACGACGACGACGACGACGACGACGGCGACGGCGACGGCAACACCGGUAACGGUCGUAAAUGCUCAGUCAAACAGCGCAUCAGUCGCAUCGCCAGAUACCUCGAUUGAGCAGUCCAUUGUGACAACAGCAGAGUAUUUAUCAACAUCGACCCUAAACGCAGUUUCUCAAAUAGAUUUAGCAGAAAGUAAACGCCAAACUGGAAACCAAACCGACAUCAUGGAAUCAACUCAUUUCACUCGUAACGACAUGGCUGUGAUAACAGAGGUGGCUUUUUCCAACAAUGUCACAAUAAAUGAAACCAUUAAAUUACCACCUCCCAAUCAUUUCAGCCUGGUGAUCACCAGGUUAUCGUUCGAAUUUGUGCAGGCACAAACGUUAAAUUCGUUAGAGGAUGUCGAAAACAUUACAGGGGACAUGGAACGCUUGCUUACUCAUGGAAACGAAUCCCGAUGCAUUGUUUUGCCUAAGGAUGUUCGCUCAGUCAAUAGACGUUAUGUUUUACUUGCUGUUGUGGAGGCCUCUUCGGGAGAAGUGAUCAGAGCUGGUGAUAUGCUUAAUACAUGUGGUCAGGAGGAUUGGAUGGAAGCGUCACAAGCGUUGCCGGAUCUCUCUAGGCUUCGUAUGCUGAAUUCGAAGAACUUUCAACUUCAGAUUUUGUGCGUGACGUUGGCCGCAGCCGUCGUCGUGUUCGCACUGUCGGCGGUGUUCCUUUGUACGAAGUGGAGGCUCGCAGUGCGCAGAUUCCGUAGAGAUGCCUCGGACGGAUUCACCAUAAAGACUUUCCACACUCAGGAACACCACUACAGGCCGGACGAUGACGACCACUACGGCUUUCCCACAAUACCAAGAGACAGUACCUUCUAUAGACAACCUAAUGAAGUCGGUGGGCGACCCGGUGGCCGCUGCGGUGUGACGGAAGAACAUGGUUCAAUGGGACGAAGUUCAUUCGUGAACGGAGGUUUUCACGAAGAAUCUGCGGAAGGCCUACCGCCGCCUCCACCGGAGUUACGGGCAUGCCUGAUCGACGACGCUCACUUUACCGAUGUGCCUCUACAUAACUUGGCUUCCGACUCCCUAGAUCGGACAGCUGGCGCACGCAGGGGCGUCCGCACCUCACCGCCGGUACCUCCAGUGAGGACGAUCUCCUCGGGUUAUAAUACUACCUCUGGACAAAGCAGUCCGGCAUCACCAUCCAUGAGCCCGCUGUCACCUGUGUCGCCAGAGUACGACCGACCGCAUGAGGUUCUCAAUAUGAUGCCGCCGAUUCCCAAGGAGGAUUACUCUGAUUCCGACGAUGAUGACUCCGGGGCAGUGACAGUUACGGGUGCUGAGGGCCGACGGAGUAUCACGCAAAGGCCUUAUGCGGGACAGCAGGAAAAGGAUCAGCGCGAUGGCCGUUUUACCGUACGCACUGUACUCUAAACGUAACUUGUAUUUGAGUCACUUGUCAAGUGCACUCCACGAAACUAUUCUUGGUCCUCACGGAGAAAAGAGGAUCGGCCGAAAAGCUCUAGCAGGAACGCGUAACUCGUCGUGAAGUAGCGGAAAGCUGAGCGAAAUAUACAAUUCCAUACAAGAAGCAUACGUAGCCAUGUUACUACUGCAUAAUACUAUAUCACUCAUGAUAGCCGUAUUGAACGAAAAAAAAGAUAAUAGGCUAAAAAAAAAAAAGAAAAACGCUUAAAACAGAACUCCAAUUACAAUCACUAUAUGAAAAUACGUGUAUGCUGAAAAUCGAAUGAUUUUUAGAAGUACCUCAACAAAACAAACAUCGGAGAUAUCGCAGAAGCAAACAAGAAUCACGUGUCGGUAAAGAUAUUAAGCAGCUUUUAAAUUAGCUUAUGAAUAUUCUGAGGUUAGGUAGUCUGUACCUUGGCUUCAAAUCCAGAUUCAGGCCCAAAUUUCGAGCUACCACAUCGUACUCAGGUAGAAUGCUAUUCUGACGAUAACGCAUGUCGGAAUAGAUUUUGCACUUUCUGCUUGACAAAUGACUUUAAUCAGCUUUUAGGCAUUAUUUAUAAUUAUGAUACUAAUGCCUAGUGUUAUUACAAGGAGAAAGGUUGGUCACAAGCUUUAAUUCAGUUAGUGUUGCCAGUUGUUCCGUGUCAAACGAGUUCUAUGACUUUAACCUAUUUGACUGCUACGACAAAAAAGAACCAGGUUAGCCAAGAACCUCUUCGAGGAUAAUUUUUACCCUGUAACACGAAUGGCUGAUACGUACGAUUUCAGCGUUAUACUACAACAGCCAGCGAUUCGGAAUAACCACGAAAGCCGUACGACUUUCGAAUUAUUUUGAACUUCCUUAUGGCGGGCCUUUUCUCUGGGAAAACUUUUUUGAAACUUGCGAAUGCAACAUUUAAGGUCACGAAAAGUGAACACUUCGUUUUGAGACAGCUUUCAUAAACAGCGAUAAUGUCCAAUUAGGCCGGCGCGGAAUUAUUUACAAAACUUCGUGCCUCAACCGUGUUUGAAAACAUGCGGUUAGAAUCACAUCGGGUCCAGGCGCAGCCAUGUAUUAUAUUAUAGGUGAAGAGUGUUCGAAAUACAAACUUCAUCUGAGCUGCCCGUUUAAUCUCGGAGUCUAAAUCGGGCUGUUGCCCCGCAUCGUUCUGCAUGGUGCGGGAGUAGUUUUUGCACGAUUUUUAUCUUUCCCCUUUAAUCGUUGUGAGGCGCAUUUGAUGCACCUAUGGCCAUCUCAAAUCACAUGUGGGUUAUGUUCCAUGUUGUCAAUCAACACGAGUCAGCAGACGUGACACAUGCCAUCGAUGAUGAUCGGAGAAGACUGAGGACGAUUGCAAUGGUAGUAGCUAUAUAUUAGUUGUGUUAAUAAGGUCGUAUAUGACGUUACUGUUCGUUUUGUUGUUGUUAUUAUUAUUAUUACUGUUAUUAUUAUUACAGGAUAUAAUAACCGUUGGCGUGUCGUAUUAGCGUCAUGGUACUUAGUAUACUUUUAGGCUGGUGUACGUCACGGCUGAUUUAGUAAUACUUCACACCGUCUAUUGCAAGAGUGGCAGAACACAUAAAUACGAAAAUCAGUUGAACGAACGCAUCGCAGUGCAGAAGACAUACGGAGAAAUGGGAAAACCUAAUGUAGCGGCAUAGUUUUUUCAGUAACAAAAUAGGUAACUAAGCAAAACAAGUAAACGCGUCACGGAUGCAGUCAUGGUUUGAUUUUUAAAGCAUCACUAAUUACGUGUAGCUUUUUUUUUUUGAAAAUCUUAUUCUUAUUUACAUAUUCAGUUAAUUGGGAUUUUGGGUAGUUUCCUAGCUGAGACAUUCGCUUGACCCAACAUAGAUUUAUUAGGGUAACAUUGUUAAGAAGCAAAUUAGUAACACUGUUACUGUUAAUUAUUCGUAUACAAUCAAUAAACCAAUCUUAUAAGUCUGCGUUCACAGGAUUGAUUACAAACGUCAUAAUAACAAGGGUGCUAGAGAUAAAUAUAAACUGCACGGUGAUAAUUAGUAUUAUUAUGAUAUUCAUAACAAUUCUAAUGAUAAAUAUUAUUAUAAUAAAUAAAAGCUCAUCGUUGUAAUUUGUCAGGUGAAAACACCAA